GGCGUAAAGGUGGAACUAGGAAGAACAGGAGACAUUUGUUGAACAAAGACCUGUACAUCACCACCACAUCUUCAACGGGCCCGAAUAGUGUCUUCAUUUCUGUUAUCGUUUGCAAAGUUUACUCUGACAGGAAACCUGUCGAGAAUGGGCUUAUUUUGAAAAUCUCGUCCGGAUGUGUUGUGUUGUUUGUCGUUGUAACUUGACACCUGUGUGCUCGUCCCCGACCAUGACAAGCAGAGUCCCGAUCCGGAUCCCGAGCGGACACCUGAGGAUCGUCUGCAGAUGUUCUCCAGAGGCCGCACCGUGUCGAAAGCCUAUUUCAGCUCCAGCGUUCACAGCCACUCGUCUCCUCCUGCAGUGUGGAGCAGCAGCCAGGAUGAUCCCAGUGAAUGAACUGAAAAACCUCGGCACAGAGCAGAACUCAAAGCUGCGGGUCCUUAAACCGUGGUGGGAUGUUUUCUCAGAGUACCUGUGCAUUGCCAUGCUGAUGAUCGGAGUCUUUGGUUGCACCUUGCAGCUCACGCAAGACAAGAUUGCUUGCCUGCCCAGUCACUUCACUAGCCCAACACCCGAGGCAAUCGACUGCAGCCACAUCCGGACCUACGGGGAGAAUGAGACAUGGCAGCAAACACUAGUCAAACCUGUGAGUCCCAUCAUCCGGGAGGUGUUUGGCCGCAAGAACAAUCUGGACAUCCACCAGUAUGUGUUCGUUAAUCACUAUUGCUACGAGAAGUAUGUUCACUGGUACGCAAAGUACUUCCCGUACCUCGUUGUCAUCCACACUUUGAUCUUCAUGGUAGCAAGCAGCUUCUGGUUCAAGUUCCCUGGGACAUCUUCUAAAAUUGACCUCUUUGUGACCAUCCUGGUGAAGUGCUUUGACUCACCGUGGACCACGAGGGCCCUGAGUGAGGUUUCUGAGGAAAGAGGGGAGGAGAAACUGGUCAGUUGGAGAAGGAACACCACCUCAAAGGAACACACAGAGCGACGAGCAGAUGAGGAGGAGACUGUAGGGCUCCUUCGCUCCUCCUCUGUCAGGUCUAAUCCAGAAAAGAAACCCCCAGAAUCCCAGCCAACCCCCUCCGCCUUGGAUAAGAAGGAAGGAGAGCAGGCCAAAGCUCUAUUUGAAAAGGUGAAGAAGUUAAGAACUCAUGUAGAGGAGGCAGACCUCUUGUAUCUCAUGUAUGUGCUGCAAACAUCGCUCAAGGUCUUCAAGUUCCUUUUGAUCAUUAUCUACACUGCAGUGAUGGCACCCAACAUUGAAAUAGUAGUGCGCUGUUAUGUUCCUCCUGAGCUGACUGGUUUCGAUAUCUUUUGCUGUAACCACAACAAAGCCCAUCUUUUCUCCAAGCUUGCCUACUGCUAUAUGUGCUUUGUGGGAGUGUAUGGACUCCUGUGCAUUUAUUCCCUCUACUGGCUUUUCCAUCGGCCUCUGAAGGUGUUCUCCUUUGAGCACGUCAGACUAGAGACGGGUAUUAACGAUAUACCGGACGUGAUGAAUGAUUUUGCCUUCCUCCUGCACCUUGUGGACCAAUACGAUGCCCUCUACUCCAAAAGGUUUGCUGUCUUUCUUUCUGAGGUCAGUGAGAGUCGUCUCCAUCAGCUCAACCUCAAUCAUGAGUGGACUCCAAAAAAGCUACGCAACCAUAUUGCCAAGAACACGAGAAAUCUGUUGGAGCUACAGCUGUUAAUGUUACCAGGGCUUCCUGACACCGUCUUUGACAUCCCUGAGGUGGAAUCACUCAAACUGGAGCAAGUUAAAAACGCCACCAUCCCAUCGAGUGUGGCAAAGCUAAACUCCCUUCGGGAGUUAUCACUGAUUUACUGUCCAGUGAAACUCCAGCUUCCAGCCCUGAAUCACCUUAAGGAACAGUUAAAGGUCCUCCAUCUAUCUUUUGAAAAUUCAGAGGAGGUACCUUUGUGGAUGUACAACCUGCACAGCCUGGAGGAGUUACAUCUGAAUGGUCCUAUAAAUGAGGUGUCCAGAGGUGCCACUCUGGACUCCCUCCGAGACCUUCGAGCUCUAAGGGUCCUCACUUUGCGCUCCAACCUUACAAAGAUCCCACCCAGCUUAGGAGAUUUAGCAUUGCGGCUGCAGAGUUUGUGCAUCUAUAAUGAAGGUGUCAAGCUCCAAGCAUUUAGCAGCCUGAAGAAGUUAGCCAACCUAGUCUCACUGGAGUUGGUGGGCUGUGAGUUGGAGCGCAUCCCAAGUGCCGUCUUCAGCCUGAAUAAUCUACAAGAGUUGGACCUGAAAGACAAUAAACUAACCACUGUGGAGGAGAUUUUGAGUUUACAGCACUGUCGCCGUUUAGUGACCCUGCGACUGUGGUACAACAAAAUCACAUACAUCCCUGAUCACAUCAGUAAGCUGCACACGCUGGAGGUAAUAGACGUAAGCUGGAACAAGCUGAGGAAGCUUCCCUCUCGACUAUUUUACUGCACCAAGCUCAGGCACGUCGACGUCUCCCACAACCAGCUCACCUCUCUACCCCCUGAGGUGAGCGUCCCGCAGGGCCUCCAGUUCUUCUCCGCUGCUUUCAACUCUCUAGAGACGCUGCCAGAGGAGCUGUUCACCUGUAAAAAGCUGAAGACGCUGGCUCUCGGAAACAACUGCCUGUCGAAUCUGAGCUCUAAUGUGGCCAACAUGGCCCAGCUGGUCCGGCUGGAGAUUAAAGGGAACCGUCUUGAGUCUCUACCUGUGGAGAUAGUGGACUGUCCCCUGCUGACUGCCAGUGGGUUGAUAGUAGAAGACAAGCUGCUGGAUCUGCUGCCAUCAGAUGUUCGAAGCAGGCUGGCUAACAGCUAAGUUUGUAGAGCUAAUGGAUUCUUUUCUCAGUGUAGUGUGAAGGAGAACAAGAGGGGCCUGGCCAGCCAGCCUCCUGCUGGCCGGCGCUCGGGCCCUGAUUGGUCGAGUAUUGAUCCAUGGCAUGAGAGGGGAUGAACCAUAUGAAUGAACCAUAUGAAUUUAUACACAUAGAACAGUUAUUAAUCAAGUCAGUCAUUGGGACAUUUGUGUCAGUGAGUAACAAAUCAUCUUCCACGUGUUUUUGAUAUACAGUAUUUAUAAUGCAAUUUCUUAACAUGACCUUUUGUAAAUAUUUUUCUUGUAAGUUCAUCUGUGUCCUGUAAAUACCUUUGUGUAUUUAUUUUUUUUUUACAAAAAAUGGUGCACAUUAAUGCAAAGCUUAACAAGGAUUAUUAUAGAUACAGGGUCAGAAUACUGUUAUGUGUGGAGGAGACCAGGGCUCAACACUUCACAAUAAUAAAAUCAGUGAGAGAGGCAUGACCUUCAAACUGUCAUGAGACAGUAUUUUCAUUCAGAGUUUCUGUGACUAAUAUGUUGUGGGUUUAUUAGAGGGAUUUCUAUCCAUGCUGUAUCCUGUUGAACAGGUUUGUGCAGCAUGACGAAGCGUUUCCCACAGUGUAGUGGCUCAGGUUGCUUCCUUUCAGACAGCAAACAAGUGGAGGAAGAAAAAGCCUUUCAGUGGCUGAAUAACAAGUGUCCACUCCUCUGUUUACACAUUCUGUCAAAAUGGGGAAAGACUGAAUUCAUACAGGCGAUUAGGAAAAGCUUGAGUCAACAUAGUAUUCAGCGUAAAAAGCAGGACAAGAUAAAUGUAGAAGACCAAACUUCUGUCUUUAAAAUGCCUUUUAGAUGUAUGUAAUAUGUUGAACACACUGAUGCCUGCGCUGACGGGUGAUGCUCUUUACUCUUUCAACACUUUAUUUAUGAAUCGAUGGCUUCCUUGUAAUUUAAAUUGUGCUUACCUGUUUUAUUCUUUUUUACUACCUCUUUAGCACAUAUUUACCAACAUCUACAGUAAAUCAUGGGGAAAACAGUGUUCAACUUCCAGACAUCACUGUUAACCAACUGGAAUUUGAGUAAUAAGAUGUAGAAGAUUUUUAAUGACCUUAAAACUUUCCACUAAAUUUUUUUUUAACACAGAAACAAGGAAUUAAAAGGUUUUCAAAGUUA